UAAAGAGCCUUUCAGCUAGCGAGUAUUAUCUCAUAACAAAAUCCCAUGGCUUCUUCUUACACAGUUUUUCUCUUGCUUUGCCUAUCCAUCUUCCUCAUCGCUUCCACUGAGGUGAUGAUGGUGGAAGGAAGAGUUUGCCAGAGGCGAAGUAAGACAUGGACAGGGUUUUGCGGCAACACUCGCGGCUGUGACAGUCAGUGUAAGAGAUGGGAACAUGCUUCACACGGUGCCUGUCACGCUCAGUUCCCUGGGUUCGCAUGUUUUUGCUACUUCAAUUGCUGAAGCAAGCAAAGAGUU